UAACUACGUGUAUAGUGGAGUGUAGUUGGAGUCGGUCACGGCUCUUUGCUUGCUUAAGUGGCGUUAGACUUUAAGAGUAUAGAGAGAGACUCAGAGAGUUUGAAGCAGCGACAUGGUGGAUUGGUGCAGGAUUUUGUUGUUACCAGCGAGGCUAGAAAGUAGAGGGGUGUUCCCAGAUGUCAACACAUGGUUGAGUCAUCCUGAAAGCAAAGAGUGAUUGGUGGAAUUGUGGGCAGUGGGUGAAGGUACCAAGAAGAAGAAAAAACCAAUUUAGAAGUUGUGGGGCUAUCCAGAGGACAACAAAAAGGGAAGGGAAAAAGAUGCACCGACUGCCAAUAGUUUCUGCUGGAUAUUGGAGAUAAUUGAAAGAAAUGGGAGGUUGCUGCUGUUGUUCUUCCAGAAGGUCUCAACUUAUUGCGACACCAGUAUAUUACUAUACAUCGGAGGAGCGUGAACCCUUAUCAUCACACCAUGGUGGAGCCUCUGCACUCUCUACUGGGCUCCUAGUUGAUACAAAUCUGGAAAUAUCAACACCUGAUACUUACCAAGCACCUCCUGCUCCCCUUCCGUAUGAUGUGGAUUUAGGCCGUCCACAAACCCCACCAGUCACUCGAGGAAGUAGUGCCAACAAGCAGGACAAUGUGCUGCAGACAACAGAUGCUGAGGCUGUUGGAGAAACAAUCAGUGAAACAUCAGUUACAUGUGAAAGUCUGAAAGAAUCAGACUGCAAGGUUGAAAAAAAUUCUACACUUGCUUCUGCAAAGGAGUCUGAAGAUGAGCCCUCAAAAUUGAGUGAACCUAUUGUUUCAGCAGUUGAGGAGGAUGUUUGCCCCACCUGUCUUGAAGAGUACGAUAAGGAGAACCCAAGAAUUAUCACGAAAUGUGAACAUCAUUUUCACCUUUCCUGCAUUCUUGAAUGGAUGGAAAGAAGCGACACCUGCCCCGUAUGCGAUCAGGAAAUGAUAUUCAACCAAUAAUGAAUGAGUAGAGCAAUUUUAGGCUCUCUAGAUGGAGAAAAAAGUUCUUUCAGUUGUAUUUAGAUGGAAGCGUUCUAGCACAAAGGGGUAUGGAUGCAUGGGGAUUACUUGAUUAGUAGUUGUCGAUGUCAGAUUCAGCUUUAGUUGUCGUGUUGUUUUGAAGGAGGACUUGUUUUUGAAACUGCAAAGUAUUCUCUGCUGGAGUUGCCAAAGAUCAAGGAGACCAACAUACAAUACAUCAAAGUAGUCUGCUAUUCCCUUCUGUCUUCUCCUAUUGUUCAAACUGGAUUCUUGUUGCUCAGAUGCGGUCUGCGGUUCAGAGGCAGAAGAAUUGAUCCAAGCUGCACUCCAACUAGAUGGGUCCUUUCUUUUUGAAGAUAUAUAGAAAUUAGUAAAUUCUACAUUUUCUUAUUGUUUUCCUGUUCAGGAGUUCGUCUUCUUCCUCUUCUGUACAGCGUAUCCUCAAAUCUGCAAAACAAAGAUGAUAUAAGCUGGAUAUAUUUUUUUUUCUUUUCUUUUCUGUUAAUACUUCUAAAGGUGCAAAAGCAAGGGGGCUUUGGACCAUCAUCUCAGAUAUUCUGAUUGUUGCCCUUCACCCCCAUUGUUUAUUCUGCAAUAUCCAGCAUCUGUAAAAUGGGAGUGCGGUGGAUUUGAUUGCACAUAGUAAUACUUGAGACAAGAUUUCUUUGUGAAGCAAAA